AUGGUUUCGCCAAUUAAGUUGAUGAUUGGAGAGGAAGAAAAGUUCCAAGGAAAAGCAUUGGCGCUAUCCCAUACAAAGAGUGCAAUAAGUACGAUAAAAGAGAAAUUCAGUGAGCAACAGCUACGAACCUUCGAAGAGAGUUGUUUUGGGCAUCUCCUACUCAUCGAGGACCUGAAGUGGACGUCGCCAAUUGUACACGGAUUGUUGCUGAGGAAAGCUGAUCCGAAGACUGUUUCCCAAGUGAACGGGAUCAAAUUCAUUGUUGGCAAUAAGGUGAUCCAAUUCACACCGCAGCAAUUUUGCGUCGUCACAGGGCUACGAAAAACCUUCCACGAUUGCGCUGAUGCGGAUGAUGCAUUGAAGCUCGGCUUUGUAUACUUCGCUGUGUUUGUGCUGUUGGGCAGUGAAAAACAUGUCCACAUUGACAUGCGAUAUUUGAAGUUGGCGGAAGACCUUGAAGAUUUUGGGAAAUAUCCAUGGGGUGCUGUGUCUUAUGCGAAGACAAAUGCGUCACUGCUGAGGGCACUGUGUGCAGAUUACCAGCGAGUGAAAGGGCCCAAAAAAGCUUCGAAAACAAAAAAAUCUAAAAAGCAAGUAAAGACAACGGCAACUGGUAGACCAAGAGAGUACCACCUGAAGGGUUUUGCCUUUGCACUUCAGAUUUGGGCUUACGAGGUAUUUCCAGCGUUGGCUGCACUACAUUUGGUGGUGCACGAACAUAAUGCCUACAUCCCUCGUAUACUACAUUGGAGGAGCAACACUUUGCCGCGUUUUUAUGAGCUAAUGAGCCAAGUAUUCGAGAACCAUCAGGUUGAUGUGCAACUUAUCUGGCCAUCUGUAAUUGACAAGCAGCAGCCGUAUUGGACUUGGGGUGACAGUGUUGACUACACUGAAGAACUUGUUGAGUUGGUUGGCGAUGACGCUGAACAAAAAACCAGCCCGUCUGCCUCUAUAGAAGAAAAAGAUGAGGACAUUGAAGAAACUGCUAGCCUUCCGUCGUCUUCUAAGGGUAAAAUGGCGUCCACUGAGUUACGCACUUUGAAGCGUGACUUUGAAAGGAUGAAGGAUGAAUUCGCCAAAGUUGCCAGUUCAAAUCGAGCGCUUCGCAACAGAGUGCAUGAGUUGGAAGAAAUGGUACAGAGGGAGUCAUCCAAAGUUGAAAGAAAUAACAAGUGUGUCGAGGAUUUGCGCAACACAGUGGCAUCAAUGGAGCAUUAUUUUAAGCUGGAGCUAGAGCAGCUGCGAAAACAAGAUGGUGGGGUGAAAGAAGCUGGGGAAGGACAUGAGGACCUCGGUACUCCUCAUAUGAAUGAAGGAGGUGACAAUGAAUUGUCGCCAUUACAUGACAAUGUCACUCCGCCCACAAAAUCGGCAGCAAUGGCAACACAAGUCCCCAGGGAUGGAGCCGAACCUUCCGCAGCCAUGGUCACUCCAGUUCCUGACUUACAAGUGCAUGAAGCAGCUGCGCAUGUACAAUCCGAGAAGCUGCCUACCCCGGAAGAUGUGGCCGGGUGUGACGAAAUCUGCCAAAGACUGAUGUUUUUGUUAGAAGUUUGGAAAAUAGCUGACAGAGUGCCAUCGGGAGGUCCGAUGAAUCCUCCAAGUAUACCUACAAUUAGUAUGGCUGCUGAUGAAGAAGGUAGUUUGAGUGUUGAAAAAAAAGAAGUGGAAGGUAAAGGCUGUAGACAGAAGCGCCCAGCCCAGACAUUAUUAAGUCCAUUUACUGAUCCUUUGAGGAAGAAGAGGACAAUGAGUAUGUCGGAUGCGACUGCAACCCCGCCAUGUUUUGAUCCAUCAAAAUCGCUGCCCAUUGAAGAUGUGAAGGUAGUAAUAGAUUUUUGCACUGCCUGA